UAAUGCCAUUUGUUAUUUUAUUUAUAAUUAUUUACGAGAAAAUAUAUUUUUAUCGAUCUUCGUUUCGAAGCAUGUUCACGAGACACAUGGCGAAUACGUCACUAGUUCAGUUGCAAGAUGGCGAACGUUCGGGAUAGUGACACAUCUUUGUGGCUCCACAAUAAACUCGGUACUUCGAAUGAUUCGUGGACAAGCGGUUCAAUUUGUACGCAAUUAAAUGCUGAAGUGUUGAAAAAUAUCAAGGAUUGUUUUCCAGAUUUACAAACGCAAGUGAAAUUGAAAUUAUUGCUAAGUUUCUUUCAUAUCCCGCGCAGAAAUGUUGAGGAGUGGAGAAAUGAGCUCGAAGAAAUCAUUGAGGUGGCAGCCGUGGACUCGGAUCUGUGGGUGGCCAUGUUGGCGGAGACCCUCAAAACAUUCCCCUCAGCGGGCACCCUCAACACAGAGAUAGCAGAGUUUGAUGAGACCAGGCCCAUCUUCAGUGACAUGAUCAGUGAACUGAGGAGGGCAUUGGCUAAGCAUUCAGAUCUUGGACUGUUACCGUUAGAGUGCCUCUAUUUGAAUAAGAAUGCUUUGGUUUCUGUGGUCGGUCAACAACCGAAUCCAGUGAAGCAUUUCACGUUAAAACGCAAGCCUAAAUCAGUGGCGUUGCGUACUGAGCUGUUGACUAAAGCGACCGAGGUGCAAGCCAAUCAGAAGAAGGCGCAGGCUCCUACAGUACCCGUCCGCAGCAGGGGUAUGCCGCGGAAGAUGACUGAUACUACUCCACUGAAAGGCCUGCCGUCUCGUUUCGGCGGCGCUCGCGGCGGGACAUGGCGCGGCGCGGCCCGCCCGCCGCCCCGCGCCGGCAUCAAACUCCUCGACAUCACGGAGCAGCCCGCCACACACGCACAGAUCAAGAAGAGGAGGAAACUUGAAAUGGAGGAAGGUGCGAAGAAGGCAGCUGCCGCGGCGCCACCGUCCCCGCCGCCGCCUGAUUACGCCAAGGGACUCAGCAACUUAACUGGACCCAAACCUGAUGAGAAUACCAAUGCAGCGCCAUCGUCGAGUCCGCCGGAGCCAGCGGCGCCCGCGCCCCCGGCCGCGCCCCCCGCGGCCACCCCCGCUACCCCCGACACGCCACCGCCAUUGGCCAGUCCACUACUUGUACAUGGUUCAAACGCAAAGCCGAUAGUAAUAGGCCAGCAACCAAAGCUCCUGAUAGCCGGCCCGGCCGGUGGCAAGCCUCUACUGCUGUCCACACAGAACCUACUCAACACGUCUACUGUCAUACUGCAGCCUGGCGGCAAGGCUGUGUUGCUGCAGAAUAUUAAACCUAUGACGCAGACAGUAGUCCAGCAGGCGGCGCGGUCGGUGGUCCCGGCCGUACACACGCAGCCUCCGCUACAACACCAGAUCGCACAGCCCGCGCCAGCCCCAGUGCAGCCUGCGGCGGUAGUCCCUGCGGCGCCGGCGGCCGCGCCGCUCGCUGCCACGCAGUCGCAGCCGCUGCUGCCGCGCAGGGGACUCUCGCUCACGCGUGAACAAAUGUUGGAGGCACAAGACAUGUUCCGCAAUGCGAACCGUGUCACGAGACCAGAGAAGGCGCUUAUACUUGGUUUCAUGGCCGGGUCCAGAGAUAAUCCAUGUCCGAACCUAGGCAACAUAGUAACGAUAAAACUAUCAGAAAACAUCGAGAAUGUCCUCCAAUCGGAUGACACGUACCUCACGAUGCUGUCAGAAAUGCAUUUCCAAAUGAACUACAACAACGGCCAGUGGACGAGACUCAAGAAGUACAGACAUAUAGACGGGAUGGUCCCCCAAAAGAUACCACCCGGCUCCACAGUAAUUUCAUCCAAUAACCAGCAACCUAUAGUGUCGAUAGCCAAUCAGAGUGUCAGUUAAGUGUAGUGACCAAUGACAGUGCGUGACGUGCAGUGAUUCAAACAUGGAACAGUAAAGUUGCGAGUUUCAUUUCGAAGUAAGUCUGAUGUCUCCCGUUUUUUGAAUUUUUUGUUGGUUUCCAAAAUGUGACAGUUUCGUUUUUUUUUCUUUUGAUUAGUGAUUUUAUUUGGUAUAGUGAUUGGACCUCUUUGGGUGAGAAACUGUGCAAUAAAGCCCAUGUUAAAAUGAGAAAUUGUUUAGGGUAUAUUGGCCAAAUUGGAAAAAGCUUUACAUUAGGAAAAACAAGUGUAUUGCUCCUGAUAACCCUGAAUCUUAGAAUUUCGCAUGGAACCUUUAUUCAAAUAUCCAAUGACAGUUACUAUAAAAAGUUAAAUGAAUCCCUCAUAAGUGUGCUUUAGACAAAUAAAUUGUAAAUUAAAAAGAAAAUGAACAGAGAAUACUUAUUGGACAAAUGUAAUUAUGUGGUAAUGGCAGACUCAUUUAUUGGCUAUUUCUAUACUCUGUGGUACUCUCUAUCUCAUACAGUUACUCCACUCUCUAUUUUUCUGCCUAUGACUCGCCUUCACUUCUCAAUUCUUCACCUAUACGUUUCUCUUUUUUCCAAACCCUGUGUUGGUAUACAAGAGUCAGGUUCUUCGAUUUGCGCUCACGAAAUGGCGCUAGUGGGGCGAAUUGCCUAUUUUCCAAUUACCUUAGCUGUUGUAUAGGGCCUGUUUAACCACCUCUAUAUAAGUCCCCGAUAAACUUAUGUAACAGAUAGUUCACACAAAUUAUGUUCUCUAAUUAAAUAUAUAUGGUACAUAGGGGCUAUCCAUAUGUGUGAAAGAGGCCCUAAGAUUAAUGAAUAAUAAUAUUCUAUUGGACAUAAGCGCCUCUAGUGGAUGGCGUGAAUACCCUCUUUAUUAGUAUCUAAAUAGUGGUCUAAUUUGAAUAACUUUUUCUUUAUCCCAUUUCUGCAUAAUUGAUUGUCCAACUGGAAAUACGAAAAAAACGACUCAAUACUGUGAUGUGAAACAUUUCACCAAGAAUUGGUUCACUGUUCGUCCCAUAACUGUGUCUGCCGAGUUUCCUAUUAGGUGAUUAUUUUAAAAUAUACCAUAUUAACAUAGCUAGAAAUCCCUUUUCUCAUUGUCAAACUUUUUCUUUAAUAUAUUUUGUGCUGAAGUCCCCAAUCGUACUAUUAAAAUGCGAUGAAAAUCGUUAUGACUUAAUGCACAUCUACUUUUCCUAUGAAGCGAUCAGAAGAUCUACCUAAGUUUCACUUAACAAUAGGCGUUGUUCCACGCCGGUUUCCUGUGAGGCCG